UGAAACCUGCUUUGCUUGACUUGUUCCAAACCUUGUUCCUGGCCUCAUUCACUAACUGUGGCUGUAGAGAAAAACAUCUUUUUACCAGCUUGAGAACGCCAUGACAUUUUUUGUUUUUCUGUGUGUGCUGUCAUUCCCAACGGCUGUUUUAACAGGUUCUCACUCCUUGCAGUUCCUUGUAUCUUACUUUAAAAGAGAGACGGCACUUCCUGAAUAUACCGCCGUAUAUUUGUUGGAUGACAUUACAGUUGGAUACUAUGAUUCAGAGAAGAGAAGCUUCAUUCCAAGAGGAAAUAUUAUGAAUGAAGACGAGGAGGUUGAUCACCUAAAUUAUGGCAUUAGGGAACAUAUGCAACCUUUUAUUUUGCGAAGACUUUCAAGAAUGGUUGAGAACAAAACAGAAGGUCCUGUGAUUCAUCAGAUGAUGGGUCUGUGUGAAGUGUCGGACAAUGACAAACCCGGGCAAAUGAUCACUAAGAUUGCUUUUGACGGCUCCACUACAGAUGAAAUACGUUUUAUUGAUGACACAUUCACUUAUCAAGGCUUAGAAAAAAUGACAGCACUACGUCUAGAGAUAGCCAAAUGGCAUUUUGCAACUGUAUACUACUCACACUGCACAACAGCUCUUAGAAAUUACCUUAAAAAGAGAGGAACUCAAGGAAAGAGGAGAGUUAAACCCAGAGUCAGGCUCCUCAAGAAAGAACUGUCUUCUGGGUCUCGUGUGAGUUGUUUAGCAACAGGAUUUUACCCUCGUCACAUCAACCUGACCCUGUUCAGAGAUGGACAGCCUGUAUCUGAUCAUGAGAUCACUGGAGGAGAUCUGCUGCCCAAUGGUGACGGGACGUACCAGAUGAGGAAGAGUCUGGAGAUCAGUGCAGAUGAACACAAAUACACCUGCUCUGCCACACACCUCAGUCUGGACAACAAACUGGAUGUCACUUUGGAGUAUGAUCACAGGGAACCAUUUAAAUCAGUGAUUCCUUCAGUUCUGGUGGUUUUGGCUCUGAUGAUUGUAUUUGGAGCCGCAGCUGUUAUAUGGAGAAAACAACAUGCAGGCUCCUUAAAAAAUGGUUAUUCUACUCCUUCAACAUCUGAAGAAUCUGUGGAAACAAAAUAAAAAGAUGAUAUGAUGUCCUGAUCUGACACAAAACUAUUCUCUAAUCUCUUUUUUCCCACAACCAGUAUUGUUCAUUUUACAAAACUAUGUUACACAAAUUCCACUAUAAUUCACUAUAACUGAGAAUUAAAAGUUGUGUAUAUAAUUCUGUCUGCAAACAGAAGACUAUAGUUAGCUCUAAGACUAUAGUUAGCCAGUGUUAGUAAUAGUGGAAUGUUUCUGAUAAAUGUGAAAGUCAAGGCCUGUUUGUGGUGUAAAUUUUGUCUACCAGAACCCAUUUUUUUAAUGAUUAGCAAAAUACUAAAAGCUGUGAAACUCAGUGAACACUUACUAUAACUACCUGUAUAAGGGUGGAAUUGAAAAUUGUUUAUUUCAAAGCUGAUAUCUUGGUUAUUUAGUAAUGUUACGCUACUUUUGUUAUUAUUUUUUUUUUUCUAACCUGGGCUGGGCUUGCUUGUUUGUCUUUGAUCUUUGACACAAUAUUGUCUAAUAUUGUGAAUAUUGAAAUUACCACCACAAACAGCAACAUAAACAAAAAAUGUAAAGUGAAAUGAAAAAGCCUCAGGCUGAAGGAAAUGCAAAUUCAUACCUGUACAGUAGAGGGCGUUCAUGAGGACAUUAACGCUUUUUACAAGUCAUAAUCUCAUAAUUAUGAUAAUUACUAUAUAGCAUGAACACAACUUCCUAAACAACUGACUGCAAACUUCAUCCAUUCAGUUAGCAACGCUCAACUUCCUCCGAUCCAAUCAACUUUCGAGUAUGAAAUCAAAUCCUGCCCUACAUUUUUUUUUUUUUUCUCAUUCCUGUAGCUGUUUCAUUCAGAUUUGUCACAAUAGGGAAGAAAAUACUUCCGUUUCAUGCCAACUUUAACAUACUGCAGUUUUGUUAAUUGUGUUGUUUCUAAUUUUAUGUUAUAUCAUAGGGUCUUUCUCUCUUUGUGGUUGCUUGAAAUGUAGAAUAGUCACCUUAUGAAAUUAAAUCUGCCAAUUAUUUUCUAAUUGUAAAAUAUUUGAGAAAGAUUUGUGCAAGUAAUUGUUUAUUAAAUUCUACCUUAAAAAAUUCUCCAAGGUGUAACAGAUUCUCGUGAUGUUGUUAGUUAUUGUUAGUAUUUAAUGUUCAGUUAUGUUGGACAUUAAGAGGAGUUUCUGUAAUGUUUUUGAAUUUUGUGGUUACCAUUACGCAGAAGAGUGGCGCCUGUGCUAAUAUCAGGAGUGACACUUUGGAUAUAUAGGAAUAUGCAUUGUAGAAGUAUAAUGAAGCCCAUUUGAGUUUGUAUUUUCAGGUCCCCAAAAUGCUGUUGUUGUGUAAAUGAAUGAUUAAAAAUCAUCAAGUUGUAAUUUUUUUAGUUGAAAAUGGUGGCAAACAGCCCUUUAGUUCAGUUUUCCUGUUCAUGCUCGUAUGUUGCAAUUGUUUUUGAUUUGCUCUCAUGUGUCUCACCUGUGUCUUAAUUACCUUGUUUAGUCCCAGUGUGUCCUGGUGUAUUUAUAGCCCUUUUUUUGAUUGUCUUUUUCUGAUCUUGUGUAUGUAACAGUGGUCGUUCUGUGUAUCAUAGUUUUAUUUCAUGUUACCCUGUAAAGUGUUAUUUUGCACUUGAUUUAAUUGAAAAGAACUGCUUGUAAUUAGAUCCAGCUCUUUUAUUUUCAUCCUUGCUGCAACCGCUGCUGACAAUGUUUAUUAUUACUAAUAAUUUAUUUUAUUAUUUUUACAAUAAUUAUUAAAACAUCUUUUAUGAGUUGAAAAAAAUAAUAAAUGCAUUUGUAAUAUCUGAA